CAAAACGAGAGCGAGAGAGGGAGAAAUCACAGCAGCUUGAGGAGCGACGAGCGCGCUCCGGUUUCACUCUCCUGACAGGCGGAGCGGCGCGCUCUUUUUACGCACAGCCAACACUGCUGCGGGCCAUUGGUGGAACGCUUCACUUCGCCUUACUUCACUCAAGCGGAGCAACAGAGGCACUCAUCACGGGAUACCUGCCCGGAAAACCUGAUUUUAAAUCAAUAUCACCCCUCUUGAAGGCGAGGACCGUUGCUGCGUAAAAGCAUUACGCACUCACUUUUCACUUUUUGGGGGAGAGAGGGGCAAAGGAAGAUUGCAAGUGGUGUGCACGUCAAAGAAGACAUGUUGUGAGACUUUUUCCUGUUUACUCAUAAAACCAUCCACGCUGGUUGGAGGCAGGACCGAACAGGUUAGUAGUGGAGCUGUGAAGGAGGAAAAACUGGCUUCAUCACAUGGGGCUGAGAUUGUGCAAGUGCGGAAGGCCGAGGCAAGAGUCCUUCCACAGAAAGAGGUUUUGGUGGUGAAGGAAGCCAGGAGGAGGUGCCUCCAGCCAGAUGGAUUCUUUAUGUUUGCUCCAUGCUCAGAGGAGACAGUCAGCUCGGAGCUCCUUCACGCUGUGACAACAAGGCGCUAAAACAUGACACACCGCAGUGGAUGGAUAGGUCUCGUCAUGACCCGGCGUGGGACGUGCGCCUCUCCAGGCCCUUCGUGCGCGCGCCUCUGGAGGACAUCUGGUGGGAGCCGAUGGAGGAGUCGGAGGAAGGCAGGACGAGAGACGACCUCUGUGAUGUCAGCUAAGGUGCUGCUGUGGGUGCUGCUGUCAGUGCUGCCUCUGGUCGACGGAGCGCGCGUGAAAGCCAACAUGGGUGCCGCCGGUGUGGGAGCGGGCUCGGGCCAUAUCACUGGCCUGCUGGGAGGACAGGAGGGACUAGAACUUCCUGUAACGCUGCCAGAGUUGACAGAGGAUGAGGAGCAGGGAGUCGACAGUGAUCCUUAUUCUCCUUGGCAUUCUUUUUAUGACCCUUUUGUUAUUGAUGAAGUUGACGAUCAUCCAAGCACUCGCUGGGCUGGCCGCAUGCCACGUUCCUCAGAUCCCACCGAACCGCAACUUAAAGGCUCGCCUAAGAAAAAGAAGAAGAGGAAGAAGAAAGAACAGGAAGAAGAAGCAGACGGCGCAGGUCGAGGAAAAAACAAGCAGCCGAAGCAUAGCAGCAGGGACUGCCGAGUGGAAAAGCGAGAGAUGAAGGUCAGGGAUCUUGGACUCGGGUUUGACUCGGAUGAGAUCGUCCUUUUCAAGUUUUGCGUGGGCUCCUGUCAGUCCUCCAGGACAAAUUACGACCUGGCGCUGAAAGCUCUGCUGGAGAACGGGUCGCUCCCACGACGCACCUCCCGCAAAGUCAGCAGCCACCCUUGUUGUCGACCUGAUCGCUACGAGCCGGUGUCCUUCAUGGACGCUCAGACCACAUGGAGGACCAUCCAGUCCUUAUCUGCUGCCAGCUGCAUGUGUAUGGGCUGAAGGAUGGACCAGUGGUGAAGGUCAUUUCCUGUGUUUUUUUUCUUGUUGCGGAGGAACAAGUCUGGGUGCAGCCAGUGACUAUGGACAAAGGUCAAAGCCUAAGAGGAGGCCAUCAUGGAACCACAGUGUGGAAUUAUUGUUACGUCCUCAAAGAGCGAACACUUAUCUAUGGACUAUGUGAACGUGACUGAUUUGAUUUAACACCCAGCGUGUCAAGAGACAGCACAAGCACUGACUCUGUGUUUAUCUUUUAAAACAAGCAAACAGACUGCUAAACGUCCAAUAUUUACUACUCACAGUGAUGCCAGCUCUUCCCAGAAGUUCAAUAACAAGUAAAUGGGUUCAACGUUCAAGUGAGCUCAGCCGAAUGGAUGCCAUGCAUCUUCACGUAUUACUGUAUAAAAGUAAAAUAUAUUUAUUUCUGAUAAGUUAUUUAUUUAUUAUAGCUUCGUAUGAGAGCUGUUUUAUCCAACUUUGUAUCGUAGAUGUAUAUCUAUUUAUUGCCAAAAGUCUGAUUCCAUGUUUGAGUCCGUCUGCUCCCAUAGUCUGUGUACAUACUUCAUAAAGGUGCUGAAUUUUUUUUCAGCGUGGUCAAAUAACACCUCAAAAAACUCAGACUGAGAACCCUACACAGGGCUCAAUUCUGGUUUGAAAACCAAAACACCUUGAUAAAGCUUCAAAAUUCACCACAACGACGUCCAGUGGAAUGGCAUUGUGUGCAUAAUAAAUAUCUUUACUUAACAGUACCUCACAUACUUGAGUCUGAUGAUUGAUUGCUCUUUUGACUGAUGUUGAGUCACCAUC